AUGUCCGAAAAGAUCACUGACAUUGGUCCCGAGCUACACAACAUCUUUGUCGGACGAUGUUUUGACAAUGCAUGUCGAGCUCUCAAGAGCGAUUUUGCUGUAUCAAGACUACAAAAAGCUUCAGGAAAAAUGGGUACUGGAUUUUCCCUCCCUCAUUUGUAG